UGCGGUUGGGUGUGCACACAAACAAACAAGAGGAAGCAAGACAAGCAAGAAGAAAAACCAAACUGGAAACAGCAGACUGCGACAACAGCGCACCCAGCCCACCCACCUGCACCAGGAAGCCGCGUUCAUCGUCGCGUUCAUCCUCCCUUCCUUCCCUCCUCGCUCCUUCGUAGGCACCAACCGCCAGAGACACAACAGAGCACGCCACACACCACACAACUCAGCAGAUACACACGCACAUAUCCAACACAACAUCACAGCACAGCACAGCACGCAGCCACGUCGGCAAGAUGCAGAUGGACUCGCGUGCAGACGAGUCAGACCUUCCGUCACGGCUCAAUGCCAAGGAUAGAUCUCUCUUGCUGGAGGUAUCCCUGAAGUACCGCGUCAAGUAUGUGGGAUCGCCGUCCGCGGAGGGCGACGAGGCGACCGUCAGGGCGGACAAGCCCAUCCCCGUGGAGAGCUCGGUGUAUUAUUUCGAGGCCACGGUCCACACGCGCGGCGAGCCAGGACGCAUGUGCGUGGGGUUUGUACCUGCGGGCAGUUCAUUGGGCAAGCUGCCGGGCUCCGAUCAGGGCUCAAUCGGGUACUCGGACGACGGGCGCGUCGGCGACGGCACCGGGUUUGAGCGGUAUGGCCCUUCCUAUUCGGUGAAGGACGUCGUUGGGUGCUGCAUCAACUUCUCCAAGAAGACCAUCUUCUUCACCAAGAACGGCGAGCAGCUCGGAGAGGUGCUGCUGCCUGCGUCGGUGUCCAAAGGCGUCGCAUUCUACCCCGCAAUCGGCCUCACAAACGCUCGCAGGGAAGUACACGUCAACUUUGGUCAGGACCCGUUUGUCUUCAACAUCGACCACUACAAGGCGGAGUUGCGAUCGGCAACACACGAAGAGAUUAUGCAGACAGAGCUGCCGGAGCAGACACAUGCGCGGUUACACGAGAUGGUGCUGGAGUAUUUGGAGCACAUGGGAUAUCUGGAAACAGCGAAACAGCUGGCACACAGCUCACACACCACCAUGGCUUGCAAGGAAGAAGACAUUCGAAACAGACAAGUGGUGCGGCAACACAUCCUGGGCGGAAAUCUGACGGAAGCAAUUGCAAGCAUCGAAGCGCUCUUUCCGUCACUGCUGGAGCGAAACACAGACCUCACAUUCAAGCUGAGAUGCCGGCAGUUUGUGGAGAUGAUCCUCACGACACAAGAUCAAUCGGACGAGUCGCUGUCUGCAAUUCUUGCUGUCGGGCAGGGCCUGUAUGAGCUGAGCAGACGCGAGGACACGCACAGCGACGAGAACGAUACGCUCUUUGAGGAUGCAUCGUCACUGCUUGCGUUUUCGGACACAUCCAACGAGACGUACGCGCGACUGUCGAGUCAGGACCGCCGCGUCGAACUCGCAGAUAUCGUCAACACAGAGCUCCUCCGUGCACAGUCGUGUAAUCCGGAGCCGAUGCUGCUUCGAAUCUUUGGCAACAUCGAGACGUUUAUGCAACGCAUGCGCGAGCACCGAAUGGGCCUGACGGCGCUCCUGGACAUCCCACGCUUGCUCGAGUCCUGACGGGAUGUGCUACUUCAUCCACUCACGCACGCGCACAUACGUCGCUGUCGUUGUUUGUGUUGUUGUGCAUGCGUGUGCACGUGCAAGUUUAUGUAUGCGUCAUGCUUUGCUUGAUCGUGGAGAUGGCCAUUGCAUUCGUGUGUGUGUGUGUAUGUAUGUGUGUGUGUGUGCGUGCGUGUGUGUUUGUCCUUAACAAACAAUCGUUACACCCUUUUCAUUACAAAACAAAUACACUGUA